ACUGUUCGACCCGUUACAAGUUUCUUUACCUUCCUUCUGUCAACACUCGAUUGAUUCUAUUCUGCUACAGUCUCCGUCAGUAGCUCGCCAAUCUCUGAUCCUCCUCUUGCCAGUUGCCAGUAUUACUUCGAUGGAGGACCCCCAGCGAUGCCUCGCCGAGAGAGAUCUCCCUACGGUUUCCACAUCCACUGGGAACGGCGGCUCUGGCAGCAAUGUGGAUAGGGUUCUUUUCAAAAACCUGGUUGAAAUGGUUCCUCUCGUUGAAUCACUCAUGGAUAAGAGGGCGAGUUCGUCUUUUGCGCGGCGAGCUUCGAUUGUGCACACACGCGCUCCUCAGCUGAAAAGGCAGGCUUCUGAUUACAAAAGCAAAAAAGUUGCUCAGACUGAUUCUAUAAAGAAAACGAGGGAUGCUGAAGAAAGUGUCCAAAAUGAUUUGAAUGAGCUUCUUUUUUUACGUGAUCAAGUUGCUGAACUACAGAAAAAGUUAAUAGAGAAGGAGGAAGCCCUAAAAUCUGCUGAGAAUUUAACCAAUCAAGUAAAUGAAACUUAUGCGUCAGUAGGUGAUUUGAGACGCCAAGUUGUUGAGAAGGAUGCAUUGAUCAAAUCUACCAAUGCGCAGUUAUAUAAUGCUAAGAUCAAACUUGCGGACAAACAGGCUGCCUUGGAAAAGAUAGAGUGGGAAGCUAAGAUGUCAAAGAAAAAAGUAGAGGAACUUGAAGGUGAUGCUAAAUCUAAUGAUAGACAGAUUACUGCAAUGAUGACCUUAUUUGAAGCAAUUGCAAAUAAGGAUUCUUAUCCAUACCUUGAUGAUGUUUCUUUUGAACCGCCUCCCCCUCUACAGGAUGACAUCGGAGAAAUAGAUACUGUGAAGAUGGAAGAAGCAAGAGAAGCUUAUUUGUCAGCUGUUGCUGCUGCAAAAGAGGAUCCGAGUGAUGAAUCUUUAGCCUUUGCAGCUGAGGCGAGACAUAGGCUACAAUCUUUAAUCCUGUAACUCUACUAUUUAAUGUUUUAUUGUUGGCCGAGUCUCAGAGAAUGAGAUUUCUGUUGGGAUUAAUGUUUUGUCUCGGACGAUUUUUUUAUUGCUUCUUAAAGCAGUUUUUUAGUAUAAAAAUUUUAUUUUUUAUAUUAAAAGCUGCUUUAAAAAGCAGCAAAAAAGCCGUCCCAAACUAAGCUGAAAGCAACUGGAAGAGAGAAUUCUUGGCUGCUGUUUCUGAAUGGUUUGGCAGAGGGCCUGUACUGCUUGGAUUUCUCUUCCACUAUAAAUGCUGAAGAGUAUUUCUAUUU